AUGGCUAACUAUACUCAACAGAGAAGAAUAAACGAGAAAGAGCAACGCCGCGUUAAACACGCAGCUAUCAAAUGGACAAAAAGUUCGAAGUUUGAUGAAGGUUUUCCGACGUUCGUGACGCACGCGCGCGCGCACAUUGCUUUUUCGUGUAGUAAAAGCAUUCGGAACAAAAGUCAGUAUAUUUCGGUGUUGCUCACGUUUAAACAUAGUAUCGCCCACGCGCCGCCUGAAAUCCCGUCGCCCGAACUUUCAGUCCCAUCUCAAAUCCCGACGCACAAACACGCAACAGGUAUAAUGAGUCGUGUAGGAAGAACUAGGCGUACCCGAGUCUAUGACUGCAAUUACAACAAAGGUGAGAGCUACUAUCGGCCAGUACUCGACCGUCUGGAUGGGAAGGCGCCAGUAGCUCGUGAGCCUGAGAAGGAGCGUAUCAGGUCUGAUGUCGAGAACCGUAUUAGGAGCGCCCUGGACGACAUUGAAGCACCGGCUGAGGAUCUCUUCGAUUCAAGAGGUGGGCGCGUACAGCGAGGCAGACCACUGUCAUCUGCUUUGGAAGACGAGGAAUUUAGUGAUGAUAUCACUGAAUCACUGAAACGUUUACGCGCCAACAAGAAGAUUUCUCGUUUCUCCGACGACAUUGACUUCGAGAACAGCGUGUCGAACCUGGAAAACCGAAUGAAGAUAUCCGACAAGAUUCUCGAGAGUGCUGGUAUAGGACAGACUGAAAUGUCAAGCGCGCGGCGGGCUCUCAAAGAGAACGAGGACCGCACUGAAAAGCGCAUAGCGCGUAGACUGAACGAAGACAGCUCUUUGACUAAAUGGACAGCAAUCAAGGACAUCGAUGACGAAUCAGCUGCGGUGCAAAGAGCUAAAGCUACAAGAGCUCGUCUUUCUGAUCUAGAAGACGAAAUGUCAGAACUUACAGAACGAAGCGCUGCUAGGGAGAAACGCGCAGCACGCCUCAGAGCACUCGUAGCAGAUACCGAUGCCUGCGACACAACAGUUGCAGCAACAAAAAUCACAGUCCGCGCUGAGAGAGAGAAGAAGCAAGUCACCUUUUAA